AAGGGCGUGAGCCUCCCCGCCGGAUCCCGCAGCCUGCAGGCCUGCGUUGCGCUCCCGUCCAGACUCAGGGCCCGAGACCGCGCCCCGCCGCCGCCGCACCCCGGGCUCCCCGCGCAGCCGGGCUUCAGCCCUCCGCGCGCUCCCAGGCCUCGCUUUCACUUUCGGCAGUUUGGGCAGGAAGAUGGAGCCUCUGGUUCUGAGGUGGCCACUUGCAAGCAUGCCAUUUCCGCUUCCCUCACUACUGACUCUCUUAGCCGUGUCAACUCUUUCAUGGUGUCAGAACAGUGACACUGCAUCUCCAGAAGCUAGCGAUGGAUCUCCAUUUCCUUGGAACAAAAUGCGACUUCCUGAGUAUGUCGUCCCAGUUCAUUAUGAUCUCAUGAUCCAUGCAAACCUCAGCACGCUCACUUUCAGGGGCACCACGGAAAUAGAAGUCACAGCCAGCCAGCCCACUAGUGCCAUUGUCCUGCAUAGUCACAACCUGCAAAUUUCUAAAGCCACCCUCAGGAGAGGAGCGGGACAGCAGCCAGCGGAAGAAUCACUGAGGGUCCUGGAAUAUCCCCCUUAUGAACAAGUUGCUCUUUUAGCCCUUGAGCCCCUCCUCGUUGGGCUUCCGUAUACAAUUGUCAUUGACUAUGCUGCCAAUCUGUCUGAGACGUUCCAUGGAUUCUAUAAAAGCACCUACAGAACCAAGAAGGGGGAAGUGAGGGUGCUUGCCUCCACACAGUUUGAACCCAUUGCAGCUAGAAUGGCCUUUCCCUGUUUUGAUGAACCUGCCUUCAAAGCGAGUUUCGCCAUCAGGAUCAGAAGGGAGCCAAGGCACGUGGCCAUCUCCAACAUGCCUUUGGUGAAAUCUGUGACUAUUGCUGAAGGACUCAUAGAAGACCAUUUUGAUGUCACUGUGAAGAUGAGCACCUACCUGGUGGCCUUCAUUAUUUCAGAUUUUGAGUCUGUCAGCAAGAUGACCAAGAGUGGCGUCAAGGUCUCUGUGUACGCCGUGCCAGAUAAGAUAAACCAAGCAGAUUAUGCCCUGGACGCUGCUGUGACUCUGCUAGAAUUUUACGAAGACUAUUUCAGUAUACCGUAUCCGUUACCCAAACAAGAUCUUGCUGCUAUUCCUGACUUUCAGUCUGGUGCCAUGGAAAACUGGGGCCUGACAACAUAUAGAGAAUCUGUUCUGUUGUUUGAUGCAGAGCGGUCUUCUGCGUCCAGCAAGCUUGGCAUCACAAUGACUGUGUCCCAUGAACUUGCUCACCAGUGGUUUGGAAACCUGGUCACUAUGGAAUGGUGGAAUGAUCUUUGGCUAAAUGAGGGAUUUGCUAAAUUUAUGGAGUUUGUGUCUGUCAGUGUGACCCAUCCUGAACUGAAAGUUGAAGAUUAUUUCUUCGGCAAGUGUUUUAAUGCCAUGGAGGUUGAUGCAUUAAAUUCCUCACACCCCGUGUCCACACCUGUGGAGAAUCCCGCUCAGAUCCGGGAGAUGUUUGAUGAUGUUUCUUAUGAAAAGGGUGCUUGUAUUCUGAAUAUGCUAAGAGAGUAUCUUAGUGCUGAUGCAUUUAAAAGUGGAAUUGUGCAAUAUCUCCAAAAGUACAGCUAUAAAAACACAAAAAACGAGGACCUGUGGAAUUCUAUGGCAAGUAUUUGCCCGGCAGAUGAUACACAAACCCUGGAGGGCUUUUGUUCCCGAAGCCAGCAUUCAUCUUCCUCUGCACACUGGCGUCAGGAAACUGUGGACGUGAAGGCCAUGAUGAACACCUGGACGCUGCAGAAGGGCUUUCCCCUGAUAACCAUCACAGUGAGAGGGAGGAACGUGCACAUGAAGCAGGAACACUACAUGAAGGGCUCUGACGGUGCCCCAGAAACUGGGUACCUAUGGCAUGUUCCACUGACAUUCAUCACAAGCAAGUCAGACUCGGUCCAGAGAUUUUUGCUGAAAACAAAGACAGAUGUGCUCAUCCUCCCAGAAGCAGUGGAAUGGAUCAAAUUUAAUGUGGGAAUGAAUGGCUAUUACAUUGUGCAUUACGAGGAUGAUGGAUGGGAUUCCUUGACUAGCCUCUUAAAAACGACGCACACAGCGAUCAGCAGUAAUGAUCGGGCCAGUCUCAUUAACAAUGCCUUUCAGCUUGUCAGCAUUGGAAAGCUCUCCAUUGAGAAAGCCUUGGAUCUAACCCUGUACUUGAAACAUGAAACUGAAAUCAUGCCCGUGUUCCAAGGGUUGCAUGAGUUGAUUCCUAUGUAUAAGUUAAUGGAGAAGAGAGAUAUGAUUGAAGUGGAAACUCAAUUCAAGGCCUUCCUCAUCAGGCUGCUGAGGAACCUCAUUGAUAAGCAGACCUGGACAGAUGAUGGCUCGGUCUCUGAGCGGAUGCUUCGGAGUCAGCUCCUCCUGCUGGCCUGUGUGCGCCAGUAUGAGCCCUGUGUGCGGAGGGCAGAAGGCUAUUUCAGAAAGUGGAAGGAAUCCAAUGGAAACCUGAGCCUGCCUAUCGACGUGACCUUGGCAGUGUUUGCUGUGGGGGCCCAGAACACCGAUGGAUGGGAUUUUCUUUUUAGUAAAUAUCAGUCUUCUUUAUCCAGUACCGAGAAAAGCCAAAUUGAAUUUGCCCUGUGUGUAAGCCAAAAUAAGGAAAAGCUUCAGUGGUUACUAGAUCAAAGUUUUAAGGGAGAUAUAAUAAAAACUCAGGAGUUUCCACAUAUUCUUACAUUCAUCGGCGGAAACCCAGUGGGAUAUCCAUUGGCCUGGCAGUUUCUGAGGGAGAACUGGAAUAAACUUGUACAAAAGUUUGAACUUGGAUCAAAUUCCAUAGCCCACAUGGUAAUGGGAACAACAAACCGAUUCUCUACCAGAACGCGACUUGCAGAGGUGAAAGGAUUCUUCUACUCUUUGGAAGGAAAUGGCUCUCAGCUCCGCUGUGUCCAGCAAACUAUUGAAACCAUCGAGGAAAACAUACGUUGGAUGGAUAAGAAUUUUGAUAGAAUCAGAGUGUGGCUGCAACACGAAAAGCCUGAACUGCUGUAAACAACCAUAUCUUGCUAAGUUCUCAUGAUCCGUAUCACCCAAAUUUUGUUGAAUGUGAAUAUUUUCAAACUAGAGAUUUUUUUUUUUUUUGCUACAGCUGAAGAUACUCCUCUUCCCUUCAACUCUAUCCUUUAAGCAUUUCUGUGAAAAGACUGGCCAUCAGUAUUUCCAUCUAUGGACUAUUGCUUUCACUUACAGGUGUUGCCCUGCAAUGUAAACACAACUAGUGCGCUCUCUACUACGGAGGGGUAAAGCGCUUUAUUCUGCUCACUUUUUGUUGUACAUUUAAACCCUGCAGUGUUCACAUCCCUCAAGCCCUGUAUGUCUGCAAUUCAUGUGCUGUUUCCUCAGUGCCCUUAGAAAAGCCAGUCGUGAAGAACACCGAGUGCCUGGAUCAAUCGCUAAUAAGGGAGGCAGCUACCUGGAGCUCUCCACAUGUGCCGUCCACCCUCUCUUCCUUGCUUCACGUCCCGAUGCUGAUCUGUGGAGCCCAAGCCAUCAGGUUUCCUUGCCCUCUGGAUACUGGUCAGUGGAGAGCCCCAAGAGUUUAUCUCUUCUGGAAGAGAGAGGGCAUUUAUGCCCACAGGAAACACCUUUCAUUUAAAGUUGUACUGGAGAGCUUUUAAGGGAGAUGAUAUUUUCUCUCUCAGCUCCUCACCUGGCCUAUUUUUUUUAAUUCCUUAAAAACUCAUUAUUGGCAUUUAUUGCCAGUACAUAAUUGCAGAGUCACCAGCCGGUGAUAAUAUAUUAUGAAACAAAAUAUUUGCUUAUAAUAGACAUAGAGAAGACAAGAUAGUCUACAGUUCUGAAUUGAAGUCUUACAUAGGAAUUUGUGAAUAGACGCAUAAAUUUCAAGGCAAAACAAUAUGACUAAUAUGAAAAAUGUCAAAACGUGUUUGCUCUAAUACACUGGAAUAGAUUGGCUUUUACACAAUUCCAUUUUUAUACCCAGUGCGUGGUUGAUGGUUUGAGAAAUGAAAAUAAAAACAAAUCACUUGUGAUUUCUUA